AUGAAGUUCCUGCAGAGCGCCGAUCGCUUCCAUCUGAUUGGACACAGUGUCGGUGCUCACGCUGCGGGAGACGUGGGCCGCCGCAUCAAAGGCAUCCUGCGCAUCACGGGUCUGGACCCCACGGAGCCAUACUUUCAGGGCACUGACCCUGAGCUGCAUCUGGAUGUCACUGAUGCAGCAUUUGUUGACGUAAUCCACACGGACGGCGCCCCCUUCAGUUCCAGCCUGGGUCUGGGGAUGUCUGAGCCCAUGGGACACGCAGACUUUUAUCCAAACGGAGGAGAGAAAAUGCCAGGAUGUAAAUCUAACAGUGGAAAACCCACCAACUUGGACGCUAUGUGGGAAGGCUCGGUGAAGUUUGACUUCUGUAACCACGGCCGCGCUCACGAGUACUACACCGAGAGCAUCGUCAAACCACAGGGCUUCAUUGGCUUUCCCUGCACCGACAAGAAGAGCUACGAGGAUGGCAAGUGCUUCCCCUGCUCAGAGGACUCCUGUCCACAGAUGGGACAUUACUCCUUCAAACUUCCUGCUGAUGGAGGAAAGUACUUCCUGACCACUGGAGACUCCACCCCCUACGGACGUUACCCGUACCAUGUGCGCCUCACACUGGACGGUCCCGUGUGGCCGAACCCUGGAUUCAUGUACGUGUCUCUGAUCGGAGACCGAGACCAGACUGAGGAGCACCAGCUGCACGUUGGCUCUCUGGUCUCUGGAUGGAGUUAUGAGAUGGUUCUUCACGCUGAGUUGGACGUUGGAGACGUGACGGAGGUGACCUUCAGGUGGAACAACCACAUUCCAAACAUCCUGAACGAGAAGUACGGCGCGGCCACCAUCGAGCUGCUGCGCGGGAAGGACAAGAAGAAGAUGCAUUUCUGUGGUACUGAGAACGUCCAGGAGAACCAGGUCCAGACGGUCCUACCCUGUCCCCUCUGA